CAGUUUUGACUAAUUUUACCCAGAUCCGCCACGACAUAUUGUACCUAAUGUAUUAUGAAUUUGCUGCAGUUGGGCUCUUAUUUUUAUGCAGUCUUACUAUGCCAUCCAAACCCCCUACCCCACCAAGUAUUUCAGCCUCGACACAACGUGUGGAGUAUAGAAAGGCAUUAUUGACUAUUGGUCGAAACAGAGCAGUGUGGUUAAUUGGACUGGCUUAUGCUUUGCCAGCAGGGGUAUAUGGGGUGUGGGGAGCAGUCAUUGAUGUCAUACUGAAACCUGUAGGAAUUGAGCAGACUGAGGUUGGAUGGAUUGGGUUUUACUCUAUAAUGGCAGGUUGUGUCUCAGGUCUAGCCAUUGGAAAAUUUUCAGAUGUAUUUAUGCGGCAUAUGAAGCUCUUCCUCUUGGUAAUGUUUGGUGUGGCUGGAGGAUCUUUUGUGUGGUUCACCCUUAUGUGUGUCAAGGUCAUACCUCUCUCCACAGGUAUAAUAUAG